AUGAACAGCCUGGUGGCCACGCCUCCUGUUCCUCCUCAUUUCUACGAGAACCCCCGAUUCUCUCCCUCCCGUAUGAUGUCUACACCUUCUUCGUCGUAUUCCAACCGUAAACGGAAAGCCGACGACGACACCGAUCAUGAUGGACGCAUGUCCGCGUCACCCACCAACUCUCCCGCCUUCACUCCUCGCCAACUCCCUCAUAAUUACCGUAACAUUAAACGUGCUCGACCGAAUGUUUCAGGCCGACCCCUCUCGCUCCCACGUCUGCUAGAGACGCUCGACACAGACGCUCUGCGGACGGUGGUACGGACCAUGUGUGAGCGUCAUCCUCAACUCGCCGACGAGGUAGUGCACACAUCCCCGCGCCCGAAUGUUUCUUCGACCCUCCAAGUUCUUCGCAACUACCAGGCCGUGCUCCAGUCCUCAUUCCCGUUGGGUGGCAAUACUGAGUCGGACUAUGCAUACAAUCGAGUCCGCCAGCCGCUCACCAAUCUCCUUGACGCCUUGAGUGACUUCACCCCCAACUUCCUUCCUCCAAACGAGACUCAAGCAUCCACAUCUUUGAGCUACCUAGAUGGGGCAACCGACAUCAUUCACGCCUUGCCACGAUGGAGCACGCCACAGAACAACAUCGAACGAGACUCGGCCUAUGACGAGAUGUGCAAGGCGUGGGUCCUGGUAAUCCGGGAAGCGGCAAAGCGAGGCGGUGGCAUUCAGUUGCAAUACGGUGGUUGGGACCAGAAGCUAGCUAAGCACAAUCAAACUUCGGGGGGCAAGCUACAAGGAGCUGUCAAUGAACUCGGCUUGAGCUUGGGGUGGAUGAACGGACCUGACACACCUUCCCACGGAGCUAGUGGCGAUAUGGGGUCCAUACGUGACCAGCUCUUCUCUGGAACUUAUGGGUUGGGAACACCAGUGAAGGUCGGACCCUGGUGA